UUUUACAGAAGAGAGAGAGAAGAGAGAGAGAGAGGUGACGGGUGAAAAAAUGGACAGAGGGAGGAGGGAAAGGGAGGAGAUCUGAAAAAUACUCUACUCCGCCGAGCUACUAUCGUCUCCGAUCAGAUCGAAUCCUUUUUUCCUGCAAAUUAGGUUCAAUUCUCCAAACCCACUUCUAAACGAAUCGAUUUAUCAAAAUUCUCGUUUUUCUUCUUCUUGUUGUGAACCCCUGACCAAAUCAGUAACGUUCUUAUUACCCAUUGCUGAUUUUGAUCUCGUUACCAUUUUGCACGAGUUAUACUUAAACAAGUGGUGCUCCCCGUAGAGAAUUCUUUAUGCAUUGUCAAUUAGUUAGUUUGUUCUGUACAAUUUUGUGAAAACUGCUGGAACUGGUGGAGCUCGGUUUUUGUUCUUCACAAUGGCGUCGGCGCAGGUGCUCCCCAUUUCAGCGAAGAAACAGGAACAAUUGGAAGCUGGGAAGCGGAAGCUGGAGGAGUACCGCAAGAAGAGAGCAGCAGCAAUUCAGGGAAAGAAGGCUCCCUCCGUGACUGCAGCUAAGAAUACACUGAAUAAUACAAACACUGAUUUGCACGAGAAUGGUCAAGUGAGGUAUACUGGUUUUGAUGAAGCUGAUGUAUCUGGCAGAGUUGAUGUCCCUCUUACCGAAACAUCUCAUGUAGCUCGGAUAAAAGAUGAUAAAGCGUCUGAAAAUCUUCAGAACAUUAAGUUACUUUCAGGUGAUUCCAUUGUCACAGCUGCUGAGGUAUCUAUGAAUUCUCAAGGUUUUAAGAGGGACAAUACAUCAUUGCCUUCUGGAACAACAACUACGGAUGAAGUUGACCAACUAAAAGCGGUGAAAAAUGAAAAUGAUAAUUCUGGAACAGGUUCAGGAAUAAGACAUAAUAAGAUAUCUGGUGAUAGCUUGAUUACAGUUGAUCCUCCGGUGCAUGAGAGUACCGAGUCAUCACUGCAAAAUAAGUUUGACUACACCAGGCCAUUGAACAGAGACAACGAUAGGGCUCCUGCUCCCUCAUUCCAUAAAGAUAAUGGAAAUACUGAACCAAACAGAUCUGAUAGGAGGGGUUUGUCUAGCCAAGAAUCCCCAUACCCAGCACUAGAAACAAGCCUCAGGAAAUCUCGUCCAUCUUUCCUCGAUUCCAUUAGCAUACAAAGGGUUUCUUCUGCUUCCCAACCACAUCCAGAGCAGAUGAAGGCUGACUCUUACUCAGGGAAUACCCAAGAUAAGGACAAUCAAGAAGUUUCUGCCUCCAAUAGGAGAUUUGCAGAAGCUGUUCAACCUGCAUGGGCGAUGUUGCCAAAUGUAACAAAUGGAGUUGACCAUCACACAAACUCAUCAGUUUCUACUGUUAAUGGAGGUAAAAUGUCUAGUAUGCAUAAAGACAGGAUGGAGAACAAAGGUGGUUAUUAUUCGCAUAAGCAGGAUGAAGAUUUUGCAUCUCUGGAACAGCAUAUUGAAGACCUUACACAAGAGAAAUUCUCAUUGCAGAGGACUCUAGAGUCUUCACGUGCUUUAGCCGAAUCCUUAGCCACUGAAAAUUCUGGGUUGACGAAUAGUUACAAUCAGCAGGGAAGUCUUGUCAACCAGCUAAAAGCUGAGAUCGGAAGGCUGCAGGAGGAAAUUAAGGCCCUACUGGUGGAAGUAGAGUCUGUAAAGAUGGAAUAUUCAAAUGCUCAUCUAGAAUGUAAUGCAGCUGAUGAACGUGCAAAGCUGUUAGCUUCUGAAGUAAUUGGCUUGGAAGAAAAGGUAUUGAGGCUGAGGUCCAAUGAACUAAAACUGGAGAGGCAAUUGGAGAAAUCAGAAGCUGAAAUUUCAUCACAAAAAAAGAAGAUGUCAAGCCUUGAGAACGAGCGUCGAGAUUUCCAAAUGACUAUAGAUGCUAUGCAAGAAGAAAAAAAGCUGUUGCAAUCAAAGGUAUGGAAAGCUUCUAAAAUUGAGAAGAUUGCUGAUGUUGGCAAAAGUGCUGAUAACCGGAAAGAUGUGUCAACUUCAACAGAAGAUUUAGAUGAUGUGGAUAAUGUAGUGGGCGCAUUAAACCAGGGAGUAACGGUGGCUACACAUCCAGGAAGUGACGAAUCAGCAGCACCCUCCCUUCAAGAAAAUACCCAAUUCAAUCCUCAAUUUUCAUCUUCAAGUAUUCCACAUGAUCAAUUGAGAAUGAUUCAGAACAUUGACACAUUGUUAUCUGAGUUAAUGCUUGAGAAACAAGAACUCUUGCAAAAUUUAUUAACGGAAUCGUCACAAAGCUCAAAGUUGAAGGAACUGAACAAGGAAUUAUCACGGAAGCUAGAAUCUCAGACUCAAAGAUUAGAGCUCUUAACUGCUCAAAAUAUGGCUAAUGGAAACAUUCCUGUCAAAAGACCAGAUUUUUACGAUGUCAGCGAUAACACUGCUUAUGCCGACGAAGGUGACGAGGUGGUGGAACGGGUAUUAGGAUGGAUAAUGAAGCUCAUCCCGGGUGGGUCAUCAAGACGGAGGCCCAACAAGAUACAUUGAGGAAAGUUGUUAUAAGCCCUCCUUUGUCAAUUUUAAAUGUCAUCUGUUAGCUGCUGGAGCCAUAUUAAUUAAUAGCAAGGCUCCUUCCUUGAAGAGAAUCAGACUGUAACAUAUAUAUUUUUACUCUUUUACAUAUUACAUUUACACCCCCCUU